UCCCCUCCUCACACCUUUCUCAACCGUUCUUUUCUCUAAACAAAUUAUUUCCUUUUCUUUCAUUAAUUUCAUAUUUAUUCUUUCCCAUUUUCACUUCUGCGCCACUGAUUUUUAAUUCUAAGCUCAAGAACUCAAUUCUAGCUAGCUAGCUAUCUUCCUAGUGUCUUUAUUUUUUUUUUUAUGUUCACUUUUAAUGUGUAUAUUUUUGGUCAUUGAACUAGAUAUUGUUAUACAUAACAAUAAAAACCUGAACUAAGGCUUGCAAAUAUUACUGCGGAAGGUUUCUACGGUUAGUCCUUUGGUGGGUGACCAGGAAGAAGGAAAGGAAAAGGAAGAGGAAGAGGAAAUGAAGGAGAAUGGCAGGAAACAUGGCACGUUAUCGCCUUGCGCGGCGUGCAAGCUACUUAGAAGGAGAUGUGCGCAAGACUGUGUUUUUGCUCCAUAUUUUCCAGCUGAAGAGCCUCAGAAGUUUGCUAGCGUCCAUAAGGUGUUCGGUGCUAGCAAUGUUAACAAGAUGUUGCAGGAAUUGCCAGAGCACCAACGAAGUGAUGCAGUGAGUUCAAUGGUGUAUGAAGCAAACGCCAGGGUUCGUGACCCGGUGUACGGAUGUGUUGGAGCCAUUUCAUCAUUGCAGCAACAGAUUGAUUCUCUCCAAACCCAAUUGGCACUUGCGCAAGCCGAGGUUGUUCACAUGAGAAUGCGCCAAUUCGUUUCAACCUCUAACGCAGGCACCAGCUCCCCUGAGAACUUGACACCUGCAGCAGUUGCCUCUUCCAAGUUCAUGCCUUCCCAGGCCAAGUCCCUUUUUUGCGUAGACAUGGUUGAUCAGGCUAAUAUGGCAGAGUCUUUAUGGUCAUACUAGCUUGGAUUAUGCUUGCUUGCAUGAGUCUCUCUCUCUCUUUUUGGUUUUAAAUGGGCUUGUUUUAUGUCUGCCUCUUUUUACUACUUUUUCCUUACAUAUAUAUUUCUAUACCACAGUUCUACCUGACUCAGAUGGACUUGAUUACAAUGAUGGUGAUGAUUAUGACCAUAUUAA